CCCACCGUGCCUUGCGGCGGCUGGGAGUGUCAUCGUUUCCCAUCGUGCACCGGGGCGUGUAUACUCAAGCAGGGAGGGCGGCGCAAGAUGGCGGCGGCGCAAGGCGGCGGCGGAGGAAGAGGCCCAGGUUCCGAGGCGGCCGGACCGGGCGGAGUGAACGUGUUCGCCAACGAUGGCUCUUUCCUGGAGCUCUUCAAGCGGCGCAUGGAAGAGGCCGCUGCGACGGGAGGGAGGAGCGGACCGGGAGCUGGGGCUGAGACGCAGAAAGAGACCGAAGCGCGGCCGGAGCCGCCCGGGGAACACGAACCGCCGGGAAAGAAGCGCAGCGGGAGCGCCCUCAGCUUCGUGGGCAAGCGGAGAGGGGGCAGCAAGCUAGCCCUGAAGACAGGAGUGGUAGCCAAGAAACAAAAGACAGAGGAUGAGGUUUUGACAAGUAAAGGAGAUGCGUGGGCCAAAUAUAUGGCUGAAGUGAAAAAGUACAAAGCCCACCAGUGCAGUGAUGAUGAUAAAACCCGCCCUUUGGUGAAAUAGCUUUCAUCCCCAGCCUGGACUGACUCUGAUGUACAUAAUUAUUUAAAGCGUCAAAGGAGAGUAGCUCUGCCCCACAGACUGAAUGCUGCCAUGGCAGCAGAUGACUCGCCAUACUUUUAUAUCUGGGAAUUUAGAGCCUCCUUCACUGUUUCAUUUAUUGUUUUCCUCCUCUUCUGAAAACUAAGAACUUUGCCUUAGUUGCAGGAUUUUUUUAUUUGUAAUCCCCCAAAUAGUGGAAUUGGUCAGACGUGUCUUUUCCUUAAAUCACCAGGCAACAUGCCUUGCUGGCAAAAUCUUUAGCGUUGAUCCUUUGCCUAACACUUCCAAUACACCUGAAGUUUUCACCAUGGGAAUGAGGCUCCAUCUUUGCCAAAUUCAUUAUCUCUUGCUGUUGAAGGUGAACGUAAAUGCAGUCGCAGCUAGCCAAUGUGCACUGCAGGCACUAGUAGUCGCAGAGCGCUUUGUUAAUCCUUAUCGCUCCAUGAUGAAAGAUGAGUGGUAUUUAAUUCUGUGGCUGCAUUUCUUCCCCUAUUUUUCCUCUCGUUGUUUCACUGUAUGUUGCAGUGAGUUAUGUGGUUUUAUUCUAAAUUCCAGUUGCUGCUGCUUAAGCCUGUUCCAAGCCUUCUGCUAUGUAUGUUCCAAUCUAGCACUGAGGAUUAUUCUGUGCCUACCUGCUAGCUAAGAAGGUAGAAACUUGGUCUGCACUUACACCAAGUAUUAUGUAUUGAAGAAAAACUGGCUAAAGUUAGUGAAAACUUGCCCUGGGACAAAUGGAACUCCAAAUACCAUGAUUCUAGCCUUUGAUUAGCCCCAGUCCUGGGCUUUGUGGCCAGAAUUCCUGGACUGUGGGGAGAGAUUUAGAACUGAGGUUUAUGGCCAUUGGUUUGGCAGCUGUUUGCUGUGUACAUGGGACCUAUGUUUCCUCUUGACUUCAUAUAUCUCCAGUUUGAUUCCUUAUACUUUCCACAAGGUAGUGGGUUAGAGCUGAAACAUAAGCCCUUGUUGCAGUUGAUGUGAAUUCUGUCACUGAGAGUGACAACUUCCUGGAAAGGCCUCUAGUACAUUCCCAGCAAUGUAAUUAAAAAAGGAAGAUAUCUUUUAUAGUCCAGCAUAUAAAGCCCAAAUUUUGUGCUGUGAUGUACGCGGGGGUCACCUCUGAAUCUUAUCCUAUUCCUUCCAUCUCCUUUUAAUGGAACUGGCUCUUUGUGUCAGAGACAACAGAGAUAAAAUACCUGACUUCUGAGCUAUGCUAAAAAUGUGAUAUUCACAGAAAAGGGUUGGUACACUGAAGGAAGACCAGCUGAGGUUUUAUAUUACUAUCUGGGAGGGGCCUAAAUGAGGAUUUAAUAAAUGUUUAUUCAACAGCCCAUGGGUCAUAUCUUUAUAUAAAUAUCUUCUCUCCUGAAACAGUCACUGCUUUCUACCUAUCAGAACAGCUUUGAUACUUGUGUAGGACACUUAAAGGCUCUUGAGGCAGAGGAAACAAUGCUCUUCAAUGUUAAGUACUCUUGUUGGAAUUUCAUACCACCUGAGCCCUGUUCAGACUUUCCCUUUCACAUUUGAGAAGGGGUUUACUGUAACGCAUGUUCAGCAGAAGGGAUUCCUGCAUGUGUACAUCUUGAAUGCAUGUGGGCUUUUCAACCUGAUUGGGGGGCCCUGAUCCUAUGGCACAGCCUUUUAGGCUGUGGACAUAUAGUUGUGGAAAUAUAGGAGCCUGAAUCAGACCUUCUGAAUAGGUGGGGGCAGGGCUAGGGGACAUCGUCUCAUCUCUGUCCCCUCCAAUGCAUUCAGGCUGAGGUAAUGUCUGAAAGGGGCUCACACUGUCAUAUGAGAAACUAUUUGCUGGUGAAAGCCUGAAGCAACUUUGAAGGUUUAAAUAUUUCACUGGUAUCUGGUUUCCAGCCUGCUAUAAAGGGGUUGCAGUUUGCUUCCUUCAUAUAUACUUGAUCAGGCUCCCUUCUUCAUUGCUUUUGACCUCCACAGCCCAGCUUAGAGCACUGAUAAUCAUUCUUAAUACUAGCUCUUAAAAAUAAAAUUUUGUUGUGGAUAUUAUUUGUCAGCUAUGUUUUGCUUUCUGUACAUAUAUAAAUAUUUUUCUUUUCUAGAUGCUCCUAUUGAUACCUAUAAACCCAUUAAAACUGUUUACUGCAGGUAUAAAGCCUAGUAUUCAAAGGUCUUAGCUACAGAAUGCUUUUUUUUUUCUUAUGGAGUGAGAACUACUUCCUGAAAUUGGAACACAGUGAUAGUGAUCACUUCUUGUCAUCAUAUGCCUGGGUAAUAUUUGAAACGAUUGGAUAAAAAGUGUGUGUGUGUGUGUGUGUGUGUGUAUACACACACACACACACGACAUAGUGGGGUGUUUUUUAAAAAAUGUAUAUAGGGCAGGAGGUUGGAAGAUUAAUGAAACAAGAGUUGGAACUGAAUCCUAUCAUAAAAUACGUUCAUGUUCUGGAUUGCUUUAUAUAAGAUAAUUACUUCCCCUGGUUGUGUACUUGUCUUUACCUCUGAUUAGAUCAUUAUUCUAAAAUGUGCAUUGCAAGAGUGGGGAGAAGGGAUCAGUUUCCUUACUAAUCUAAUUGUGUGGCUUAGAUCUUGAAUAUACAGACACAGUUCCAUUACCCCUGUAAUUCCAUAAACUAUCACACCAGAUGCUUCAAAGAAAUGAAUGGCUGUUAGGUAUAAAGAUACCAAGUCUAGCUGUUCUGGGUGAUCCGAAUACUACUUUGCAUGAGAAAUUUGUGCUCGUUUUCUCUAGAGCAGGGGUGAAGAACCUCAGGCCUGGGGUCCCAAAUUUGGCCCUCCAGGAUUCUUCAGAUGGCCAUGCCACCUCUGGCCCCACUCACUCUUCUCUGACCACUGAUGGCUUUUGUGUACAUUCCCCUACGCUAAAAGUUUGAAAUGCCUCUCCUAAGGCUUCAUUACUUGCAGCAAGAGCUUUAAGUUAAAAUAAGCUGGUGUUUUUAGCCCUCUGCCCACCACUGGAAUGCCCCCGCAACAGGUUGGCUAAAAUAUAUUUUGAACCUUGUUGGGCACAUGGAAAAACUGAACUGACUCCAUAAAAUUGUAGCUUAUUUGUAUUUUAGCAGCUUGAAAUAGGCAAUUGUGAUUACACAAGAGGGGUACAGCUCUCUCAUACAAGUUUUUUCCACAAUGAUGUUUCUUCAUGUGGCCACAUAAUUUCAUGGAGGGGCAAAAGUACACUUUUCUCUGUGUAAAAAAACUAAACUUCUGUGUUUUGCUUUUAUUGUUGAAGGAAGAUUGACUGUGUGAAGAGUUAAGGUGGCAUAUUUUCCAAAUGUACUGUUAGUAGCUACACGGAAGUUUCUUAAACUGUCCAUUUACUAUACUUCUGGCAAAAGUUACUGUCAAAAGAAUGGGUAAAAUCUGAUAGCAACUAGAGUAUGAAAACAUAUCUCCAUUUUCACUGCAAUUAAAGCUUGCUUCAUAAGCUGUAAA